AUGGCUUCACUGAAAAUUAAAAUAAGUAUAAAUUGUUUACCUAUUUUACCAUCGUUAACUGAAGAACACCAUCGUCAAGUCUCUUUCAAUAGAGAUGUUGUAAAACAAUUGAUAGAGAUUACUAUAUUUUUAGCUAAACACAAUUUAUCUUUUAGAGGACAUAAUGAAUGCUGGAAAAAUGAGCUAAAGGGAAAUUUCAAAGAUAUUCUGGUUUUAUUAGCACAACAUUCACCCACGUUAUCAGUACACAUUAGUAAUUUGAAGAGCAAUGCCAGAAAAGAAUAUUCUUUUAUUUCAUGGGAGAGACAAAACUUACUCAUUGAAUCUGUUACUGAAUAUGUAUUAUCAGUAAUUAAGUCACAAAUUAAUUCUGCUGAACUUUUUAGUAUAUGCAUAGACUCAACAUUUGAUGUGUCUCAUAAAGAGCAGCUGUCAUUUAUUAUUCGAUACAUUUUUAAUGGAAACAUUCAUGAAAGAUUGUUAGCAUUAACCGAGUCAUCGAAUACUACAGGUGAAGCACUUUUUGAACAAUUUAAAUCAGUGAUGGAAAAGAACAAUUUAGACUGGAGAAAUAACCUUGUUGGCCAAUCAUAUGAUGGUGCAGCAAAUAUGCGAGGAACAUAUAACGGAUUGCAAGCUCAAAUCUUGGAAAUUAAUCUUAAAGCUUUAUAUAUCUGGUGUUAUGCACAUAGAUUAAAUUUAAUCAUAUUGUCUGCUGUUGGUUCAUGUACAGAAGCAAUUGAUUUAUUUGGCAAUUUGGAAAAAUUAUACACAUUCAUAAAUUGUAGUAAGAAAAGAGCUGAUUUAUACAGACAAAAACAAUCUCAAAUAUAUCCCCAUAAACAAAUACGAGCUGCCAAAAGAGUUGGUACAACCAGGUGGAUGUCAACAUCAUUUGUUUUGACCACAUUAUUAGAGACAUUGGAAGCAAUCUUGGACAUGUUGAGUGAAAUAAAAACAAAUGAAGGUACCUCCGAUUAUAAAACUGGUUCCGAGUGCAGUGGUAUGCUCGAUUAUUUUCAAUCUUCGCGUUUUAUAAUACCUGCAUUUAUAUUUAAAAGUAUAUUUGAUAUUGUUGAACCACUCAGUAAAGUUUUACAAUCUCAUGACUUGGACAUACUAGCUGCGGUGAGUCUUUUAACAAAAACAGAAACCAGGAUAAAAAAACUUUGUACAGAUGAUGCUUUUUCUGAAAUUUUCCAAGAUGCUAAGUUAUACUCAGAGGAACACUUUGGAGACUUCGAGGUUAACAAUUGUAGAUCUAUUGGAAAUCGAAAAAAGAAAGUUCUUAAACGACCAGGUGAACUAGCUGCUGAUGAAACUGUUCAAGAUCCUGUACAGCGUGUCAAAGUCACUGUAUUUUUUAAGACAAUUGAUAUUGUUCUUCAACAAUUUCAUGACAAAUUUCAGAAUCAAUCAAUAUCUGUAUUGAAAGAUAUCGGCCUUCUCUAUUUAAAAAGGAUGCAAGACAGCACAGUAGUCCCACAAGAUGCUUUUGAGAAAUUAUGUAAAAUGUAUAGAUUUAGUCAAGAAAAAGUAAGAAGCGAAUACAUUAUGUUCAAACAAAUUCUCAAUGAUUUAGACCACAAAUUACUAACAAAUUUACCAAAACGUCUACAUAAUACAACAGAUGAUGAAAACAGCAAUUCAGAUAACAGCGAUGAAGAAGUUGAAUUAGAUAGUGUUAUAAAUAUUAUUAAAUCGCGGUUGAGAUCAACAAUGGAUCAAAAACGAUUAGAGAAUCUAAUGGUCAUAUCUUGUGAACAUGAUGUAUCUAUUGAUAUUUUUAAGGUCAUUGAUAUAUUUGCUUCAAAAAGUUCUGUUCUUGCCAAAUUGCUAACUUUUUAA